CCUUACUGUGCGAGUUAUUGGCACUAUAGGGCAUUUGCAGUCAUGAUGAAGAUGAUAGCCACACAAAGUCCUGUGCUCCUUUUUACUUUCUUACUACUCUCUGUUGUGUCCUGUGAGUUAGAACUGACCAGCAAUGUGGUAAAAGCAGGUAGUAUGUUUACAAACAGGCAGUACUACAGCACAAUCAAUGUCACUAAUGGGGGAGAGUUUGGAAAAUGGACCUGGUCUGAAAUAUGCCCUGAAGAUUUCUACGCUAUUGGCUACAGCCUGAGGGUGGAAGCAUAUCAAGUAGGUGGAGAUGACACUGCUUUGAAUGGGAUACGCUUGUACUGCUCAAGACUCAAUGACAGAAGCAUCCUUUACACUGUGGAAUCACAUACUGGACUGUUUGGUGACUGGACUCAGACGCUUUGGUGCCCCAGUGGUGUUCUGAAGUCUUUCCAGCUAAGAGUCGAGCCUUACCAAGGCAUCCUUGAUGAUACUGCAGCCAACAACAUCAAGUUCCGCUGCAGCAGUUCUCCCGUCCUUGAGGGAUUUGGUCAAACAUUUGGUGAUUAUGGGAAAUGGAGUGACGAAUGCAAAGAAGGGGGUAUCUGUGGAAUCGAAACCAAACAGGAACCUUAUCAGGUUGGUUUGGAUGACACAGCCCUGAAUGAUGUACGCUUCUUUUGUUGCAAAUAAAGAAAUAUGGCUGAUUUACCUUUGA